AAAAAACACAUGCAAGCCCAUAAAUCCAUUCCUCUAGUUACAGUUACUGCAGGCCAAUCGGUGAGGGAUAUAAGAGUUCUGCCAGAAGAUGUCCCCAUUGCCUCCGUUGUUUGUACAAUAAAGUGAUAUAUUUUGCAAUGAGGAGCUGCAACAGAAAUUUCCCGGAUUAGAUCGUAAACAACCAUGGAUCCGCAGAGAACAUCACUUUAGUUGACAGAUUCUAAAAAUCACUACCCACGGUGACACUCACGAUUAUAGCAUCAGGUGCAUUUACAACAUCGCGUUCAGAAUGGAAGGGAUUGAGUUGUAUGACCGUUGAUGACCGUUCCGGUGAUUGUCACCCACGAAUCUGCUGUCUACCGCGGGACAUUAUACUGCAUGUCAGGGUGUUGAAGAGGAGAGGAAUAAGCACCUUGGUGAGCUGGUCAAGGGUUUUCGAGGAUCAGGGAGUGCCCCAAACAACCCCAACAAGAAGACCAGAAUUCAAAGAGAUGAAAUAAUAGACCUUAUCCACUCACUGAUGAUACAACCGUCUACUCAUAUUUUCCAAACUGCAACAACAACAACAACAACAACAACAACAACAACAACAACAAACUGCCAGAAUCCAAUACUAGUAAUUGGCAACCCUAAGGCAGCCAGCCACGUCCCUCCCACCGUUUGGGAGCCACUGAGUUGGAGGAGAACAACAGCGUGAAGGAGAGGAUGGGUAACAAGAGCAGCAGCCCCUCCAGAGACCCAGACACUGAUACGACUCAGAGAGAGGAGAGAACCAACACUGGAACUGCCUCAGGAAGUGGUCACCCAGGCCCCAGCCCUGACCUGCUUGCCUCACUACAGUCAUUGGGAGAACACAAUGACCACACACUGCUGCCACAGUCUCUACACCAGAUAGCAGAGGCCUACUCCCUGGAUGAGGACUACCAGUGGGCGGUGCAGUUCUUGCAGCUGGAGAAACUGUACCAUGAGCGCCUCCUGUCCAAUCUUGCUGCCCUGCAGGAGGACUGGGAGAGCCAAUGGAGAGAGCGUAACAGAGUAGCAGAGAGCACCUCCCCAGCUGAGACCAACAGCACUGGACAGGAACACAUAGAAAUGCUGAGCCAGAUCUGCAGGACGCACCAGAGACCAAUGCUUAGUGCGAAAAUGAGCAUGGCAGAUACGGUGCUGAAAGACAGCCACAACACCAGGGGGCAGUGUGAUGGUAGAGAGAAAGAAAGGUCACCAUCCCAUCAUGGAAAAGUCAGAGUCAACAACCUUGUAAGACCGAGUGAGGAGGAUGUUAAGGAUACCACGUCAACAGGAGCUGUCCCUCACAUGGCUGAGGAGGAGGGAGGAGAGGAGGGAGAGCGAGGAAAGGAAGAGUUGGAGGAGGAAGGGCAGGGGGUGGAUGAAGAGGAGGUGUUUGAGGAGAGUCCAGAAGAGGAGGUGCAGGUGGUGGAGUGGCCAUUGGGGGUUCCCCAAGCCUCAGCCGAAGACCUGGACAAACUGUCUCAAGUGGAGGAGAGCUCCUCAGCAGAUGGCCUGGUGUCCAUUCUAAAGAGGAGGAGGGCAUCGUUAGAUGGCCUGCCCCCCGAGGGUCCCGAUGCAGCCAAACACAACUCCAAACGAAAGGUGCACUUCAGCCAGCCAGAGGACGGCAUGGAACCAGACGAGGUGGGCGGAGACUCGUGUUUGAUCCUGCUGUUGUUGUGCCUGGUAACCGUGGUGAUCAGUCUGGGCGGGACGGCUCUGUACUGCACCCUAGCGGACACAUACAGUAGCAUCUGCAUUGAUUUCUCUCACAACGUAGACUUUUACGUUGUGCACGUACAACGCUUCCUGGAUAGGUUCAGCCACUGGAUGCCCGUACGAUCAUAGUCAGGACUACUACUGCAGUCAGGACAUACAGUCACUUACGGCUGCAGUCAGGACAUACAGUCAGGACAUACAGUCAGGACAUACAGUCAGGACAUACAGUCACUUACCUACUGCUGCAGACGAUGUAGACUCAGUAGCCCACUGUAGCAGUCUAUGGACUAAACAUACAGAAUAACCUACCUACUGUAGCAGUCUAUGGACUAAACAUACAGAAUAACCUACCUACUGUAGCAGUCCAUGGACUAAACAUACAGAAGAACCUACCUACUGUAGCAGUCAAUGGACUAAACAUACAGAAGAACCUACCUACUGUAGCAGUCAAUGGACUAAACAUACAGAAGAACCUACCUACUGUAGCAGUCAAUGGACUAAACAUACAGAAGAACCUACCUACUGUAGCAGUCAAUGGACUAAACAUACAGAAGAACCUACCUACUGUAGCAGUCAAUGGACUAAACAUACAGAAGAACCUACCUACUGUAGCAGUCCAUGGACUAAACAUACAGAAGAACCUACCUACUGUAGCAGUCAAUGGACUAAACAUACAGAAGAACCUACCUACUGUAGCAGUCAAGGUCAUAAGGUCAUUGUUGUUCUGUGGAAGGGUCUGAAAUAAAGACUGAACGGGUUUAAGAUCAGUGACCCAACAGGAGACGUUUUUACCGAGUGACAUUUCAGAUGGAGUCCAAACUGUUUCCAGAACACUGCCUCCCAUCUUGUUUUUAACCUCUUGUUUUAACUUGUGGACGCUGCACAAAAGAGCUCCCAAAACCACAGAGGAACAAAGCAUAGCAUUGUAAAGUACAGGUAACUGCCAAAAUAAAGGAAACACCAACAUAAAGUAUCUUAAUAGGGAGUUGGGUCACCACGAGCCGCCAGAACAGCUUCAAUACACCUUGGCAUAGAUUCUACCAGUGUCUGGAACUCUGUUAGAGGAAUGCAACACCCUUCUUCCACAAGACAUUGUUUGUUGUUUUGUUGAUGGUGGUGGAAAAUACUCCAGAAUCUCCCAUAAGUGUUCAAUUUGGUUGAGAUCUGGAGACUGACAGACAGACAGACAGACAGACAGACAGACAGACAGACAGACAGACAGACAGACAGACAGACAGACAGACAGCAUGAUGGGAUGAUAAUUGCUUAAUUAACUCAGAAACCACACUGUGUGGAAGCACUUAGAUCCCUAAAUAGUGGGCAUUAUACAUGACCCUAAGCAUGAUGGGAAGUGAAUUGCUUAAUUAACCCAGGAACCACACCCGUGUGGAAGCACCUGCUGUCGAUAUCCUUUGUAUCCCUCAUUUACUCAUGUCUUUCCUUUAUCUUGGUAGUUACCUCUAUAUUCCACUUCAAAUUUUUCAUGAGAAAAUAUGUUUAUCUGAAUUUGCAAAGAUGUUUAUCUGAAGAACAGAUACAAUUCGAUAAACAGUAAAUAUGUUUAUCUGGAUUUGAGAGCCUCAUAGUAAAACUUGGGGUACAGAAUGCUAUUAAAAAACAAAGACUUGUUGGGGAUUGAAAGGACACUUCCUCCUCGACUUGUUGCCUCGAGUCCUUGACUUGUCUCCUUGACUCCUUGACUUGUCAAAUGUAGCCUACGUGUUGUUUUUGUACGUGGAGACUUGGGUUUGGAAUUACUCUUACAUUCCUCUGAAGGAACUCAUGAUUGUCGACCACUACAAAUGAAAGUCCACAUUUGUGAAGAACGGCUCUCUGGAAUUGGCACAUUGUGAAGUAAUUUGCUGAAAACCGAGUAACGAUAUCAAUACCAAUAUGCAUGAUAGAUACGUGAUAGAUAUGUAUGGCUCUUGGUAUGACAAUAUGAACUAAGGUCAAUGUUCAUACAGUAAUGCAUUUUAAUGUAGUCAUGACAUUCAGUACUGUACGGAUGAAUCAACGUCUCAGGCACCUUUGUCUAGUUGUGCUGCUCAUGAAUCCGUACAGCCCUUAAUGUCCUUUGUUUGUGUUUUAUUCUAUGAGUAUAUCUGAAUGCAUUCAAUACAAAUCCAUUCCCUUGCUUUCAUGAAUAGAUGUUGUUUACGUGUAUCUACUGUACGUCAAGGAUCUCCAAAUCAGAGAUCUAGUGGGUGUGCAGGCUUUCAUUCCAGCCCAGCAGUAACACCUGAUUCUGCUAAAUGUGGUCCAAUCUGAAGACUAUAUUGCAGAGCUGGAUCAAAAUCAUGCACACACAGUAUCUCUCCAGGACCAGAGUUGGAGAACCCUGAUCUAGACCCAGUAGCUCUUUAGGACCAGAGUUGGAGAACACUGAUCUAGACCCAGUAGCUCUUUAGGAACAGAGUUGGAGAACCCUGAUCUCGACCCAGUAUCCCUCCAGGACCAGAGUUGGAGAACCCUGAUCUAGACCCAGUAGCUCUCCAGGACACACAGUGCUUCGUUGACUGACAGUUGUGUUCUCCUGCUGGUUCAGACAGCACAGAGAGCACACACAAAUCUGCGUUUGAUGGACAUCAGACAGGAAGUCCCAGUUUACCAUUGGAAUGUCCCAGACUUCUGUUCUAUCUAUUGCCUCUGGCAUUGUUGUCUUUGGUCAACGUCUUAUUUUCUCUUUCCAUGCUCUCUAAACGGCUGUGGUUGAGUAAUGUCAAUGAAUGUUGCCUCUACUUUUCACCGUUUGUUGUCUACUAUUGUGUUGCAUCAUGCAAUCCAUGUUUAUAUGCUGCCGUAUUUUUGUUGACUUGUUUUCUCAAUGGAAUAUAAAUUAUAUUAAGAAAA